AUGGAGUGUUCAGAGGAGGCAGAAGAAGAAGCAGCAGAAUUUGAUCCCCCCGUGGAGCCAACCGCCCCUGUUGUUUUGCAAAGGAAGCCCCCAUUGCAUAGUAACAGCUCGACUUCGAUUGCUUCAGAUGCCACUACCUUGAUUUUGGGUGGGACUCCUUUAAAGACGCCAUCGCCACGGCCAGUGGUGCCAGCAGAGGCAACACCAUCCCCGCCCAGUUUGCCUAAGCAGGUUGUCUUCAAAGAAGUGCUCUAUGUGGCUGAGUCCCCCCGGAAAUUGGUUAAGGCCGAGCCUCGGGAUUUCAAUGAGGAGCCUCGGCUUGGAGAUGAUCUGCGACGUGAGCUGGCUGAUCUUCAGGCUGCACAGCAAGCUUUGCUGAAAGCAGGAGCAAUGUUGGCACCAGAGCCGGCUCCAACAGAGCCGGAACCAACAGAGCCGGAGACCCAGGUUGAAGGGGCCACAGCUUUGGAUAAGGAAGCGAACAGGUUGGCACGGCUUAACUCCACGGGUGCUUUGGUUGAGAGUGCUGUCACCCGUGAAGAGCAAUUGGAGGCUCGCAAGAGGCGGAAGCAAGAGAAGGAAGAAGCCAAGGCUGCUGCCAAGGCAGCCAAGGCAGCCAAGGCUGCCACGGCCGACAAGGCUGCCAUUGCCGGCGAAGACAAGGAUGGUCAAGGGGCCGAGGCUGCUGGGAAAAGUUGUGAAGGUGAUGGCCAGCUUAUUGCUGAGAAGCCUGUGGAGCCGCACCCAAAAAAGCGCCGAACAGCUGCAAAGUCCAAGCCUGGCACAAAGCAGCAGCAAGCAGCCGAGGAAGCCCCGGAUCUCCCCGCAGCAGUUGCCCCUGAAGCCGAGGAAGCCCCGGAUCUCCCCGCAAAAGCUGCCCCUGAAGCCGAGCAUCGUGCUGAAGCUGCCCCUCCCAAGCUUAAGAAGGGCAAGGAUAAGGUUGGCAAGGUUCCUGGGAAAAAGGCGGCCAACAAGCCGAAGUCUGGACCAGGCAAAGCCAACGGAAAAAAGGACAAGUCAAAGGGCCAGGGGAAUGGCAAGAAAUCCAAGGAAGCGAUCCCCGUGGCCGUGCCACGGAGGGUUUCUUCGAAGCGAGGCCCGAAUGAGGCUGCCAAGCCGAAGUCCGAGCUUCAGCUUGAGGAGGAGAAAGCCGAGCUGAGAAAGAUCGUGGUUUCCACGAAUGGGACCCUGAAGCAUUAUGUUAUCAUGGUCUACUGGACUCGUCCUGGUGUGGGUAUCAAGCUGCUAGCAGAUGGGAAGCAGGUUCAGUACCUGGGCGGCAAAGGCAUCGGCAUUUCGAAGAUUUUGAAUGCUGCCAUCGACUGUGUGGCUUGCUCGAGAUUGGGUUGCUGUUUCAGUCGUCUUUCUGUGCUGCCUGGAGAGGUUUGUGUGCCUGUGCAUAAGACAUGUUUUCUUUAUUGA